AUGGAGAAAGAAUCUCCCCAGAAGAUCAAGACUCGCUGUUCUCUGGAGAGCACUAACGGCAACACAAGUGCAGAGUCUGAGAAGGAUGUCAGGACCCUGAGAACUAAAAGGAAGGCCAGUCCUGAGAAGAAGGUGUCCAGGAAGAGGGCGAGGGUGGUUGGAUCUGAUCCCCAAAACACCUUUAAGGAGGAAUGUAAAGUCAGAGAGGACGGAGAGGGUCCGUGUACCCAGGACGACAAUGAAACAGCGUCCACCUCAACAGACACUGGCAACAAAGAGAGCAGUGACCCGUUAGAAGGCUGCAGUACAGUGCUGGGGGGCGUGAGGAAGCUGAGCAGUAAGAGUAAGGCCGCCGCUGACGUAGAACAACCAAUCUGGAAGAGGAAAAGGAUCCCGGACCUGAACGAGAAUAAAACUACCAAAUGGGACUUGAAAAGAAAUUCCCCAGAAGCUCAAUUUCAGGCCAAAUACAAGCAGCAGAAACAGCUCGGUGAAGGAGGCUGCGGAUCCGUGUACGCUGGAUAUCGCAUAGCAGAUAAAUUACCUGUUGCUAUCAAACACAUACCCAAAGACAAAGUCUUCUGCAAACUAGUGGACGACGAUGGGAAGCAGCUCUCGGUGGAGGUCGCCGUGAUGUUGAAACUGGAGGCAGACACAACGGGCCCGGAGGGAUCGACGGCUCCUGUGUCUCUGCUGGACUGGUACGACCUGGGCCAGGAGCUGAUCCUGGUGCUGGAGAGACCGGUCCCCUCCGAAGACAUGCAGAACUACAUUGACGACAAUGGAGGCUCCCUGCCGGAGGAGGAGGCCAAGGUGACAAACCAGCCUCCAGAGGAUAACUGUAUCUUUCACCGGGACAUAAAGGUGGAGAACAUCCUCAUCGAGACGGGCUCCGACGUCCCGCGCGUUCGCCUCAUCGACUUCGGUCUGAGCUGCUUCGUGAAGAAGCAAUCCUCCUUUUACCGCGUCUUCUACGGUACGCCCGCUCACAUCCCUCCGGAGUGGUACAGCCGCUGCACCUACAGGGCCGGACCCACCACCGUGUGGCAGCUGGGAGUCGUCCUGUUCGAAUCCGUUCACAGGAAAUCAUCGUUCGAUACCAAAAUGUUCAUCAGAAAUAAGAUGAAGAUCAACAGCAGGCUGUCCGAAGACUGUCAGGAUUUCUUACGGAUUUGUUUGUCCAAAGUCCCCGAACAGCGACCGACGCUGGAGCAGCUCCAGCUUCACCCCUGGCUCAGAUAAAACACACACACCUACACAGACAUUCUAACACACACUCCUACACACCGAC